AUGGCAGCAAACAUCCUGGCUGCCGUACCUCCCGCUGACAUUCUCGCAAGAGAACGUAGCAUGAGGUUCCAGGAAAGGAGGUCUGGCGAUACCGCCGAUGUGCCACCCAGGACGAGGACGUUUGCUGCGUGGUGGGCCAGGAUCGAUGAGGCGUCAACCGAUGAGUCGUCAACAGGGAGGUGGACGAGGCGGUUGGUCAGGGACGUCGAAGCAUGGUGCAGCAGGAAGCACGGGGAACUUUACUUUCAUCUGACCCAGCUCCUUUCCGGACAUGGUUGCUUCGGUGUUUACCUGCGGAAAAUAGGGAAGGAAGAGACGGACGUAUGCCACCAUUGCCACCUGGUAGCUGACAGCGCGGAGCACACGCUGAUGAAAUGUGUUGCCUGGGACGAGGAUCGGAGGCAGCUACAGCGCGUCAUUGGGAACACGGUAACAGUGGAGAACAUGGUCCCCGCCUUGCUUCACUCCUCUGAGAGCUGGCAGGCCGUCAAGGAAUUCACCAGAUCAGUGAUGUCAACGAAGGAAGAGGCUGAGAGGAGCAGAGAGAGAGCCGGCCGUCCCCUGGGACGAUGA